UCGCUGCUGUCAUUUAGGCGACGGACGAAAAACGUGCGAACGCAAAACCCUGCUGGAACCGGAGAAGUUGGGUGGCUUUACCAUGUUGACACUAACGUUGAGACAACUAUUUAGGCCGGUGUGCCGUGUUUCGGCCGGCGUCAGAUCCCAGCAUUCAGCGGCGGUGGUCUCUGAUGAUGAGCGCUCGUGGACGGGACAGGAGAGUCUGUCUCAAGACGACCCCGAGAUGUGGGAGCUUCUGCAGAAGGAGAAGGACAGACAGUGCCGAGGACUGGAGCUCAUCGCCUCCGAGAACUUCUGCAGUCGUGCGGCUCUUGAGGCUCAGGGUUCGUGUCUCAACAACAAAUACUCUGAAGGAUACCCAGGAAAAAGGUAUUACGGCGGUGCGGAGGUGGUGGAUCAGAUCGAGCUCUUGUGUCAAAAGAGAGCGCUGGAAGCGUUUGACCUCGACCCGGCGCUGUGGGGCGUCAAUGUUCAGCCGUACUCUGGAUCUCCGGCGAACUUCGCUGCUUACACAGCCGUCCUGAACCCUCACGAGCGCAUCAUGGGUCUGGACCUGCCCGACGGCGGACAUCUCACUCACGGAUACAUGUCUGACGUCAAGCGGAUCUCGGCCACCUCCAUCUACUUCGAGUCGAUGCCCUACAAACUUAACCCUAAAUCCGGUCUGAUAGACUACGAUCAGAUGGAGUUGACGGCGAGACUCUUCAGACCCAAACUCAUCAUCGCCGGCACCAGCGCUUACGCUCGCCUCAUCGACUACAGCCGCAUCAAGAAGCUGUGCACCGAGCUGAACGCGUACAUGCUGGCGGACAUGGCUCACAUCAGCGGUUUGGUGGCAGGCAAAGCCAUUCCCUCGCCUUUCCAACACGCCGACCUCGUCACCACAACCACACACAAAUCACUGCGAGGAUCCAGGGCGGGGCUUAUCUUCUACCGGAAGGGCGUGCGCUCGCUGGAUAAGAAGGGCAAAGAGGUCAUGUACGACUUGGAGGAGAAGGUCAACUUCUCUGUGUUCCCUUCGCUUCAAGGCGGCCCGCAUAAUCACGCCAUCGCCGGCGUCGCUGUGGCUCUCAAACAGGCCACGACGCCCAUGUUUUGUGAAUACAUCGCUCAGGUUCUGAAGAACUCGAAGGCCAUGGCCGAGGCGCUGCUGAAGAAGGGCUACACGCUGGUCUCUGGAACCCCUGCUCUCACGUCUCGUCAGUUCAAGGAGUCUGACUUCCAGCAGGUGGUGGAUUACUUCGAUCAGGGCAUCAAGAUCGCUCUGGACGUCAAGAAGAAGACCAAAAAGCUGUCAGAUUUCAAGAGUUUCCUGCUGGAGGACUCGGAGACGGCGUCUCGUAUCGCUGAUCUGCGUCGUCGCGUUGAAGCUUUCGCUCGUCCGUUCCCCAUGCCUGGAUUCCACGACCAUUAAAGCAGCAGAUCAACCAUUAGACCUGGUCUUUUUUUGUUUAGCUUUACGAUCAAUCACUACAUUAUUAAUCGUUUACUGCAACUAAAAGUCUUAAAAUGACCAGUAGUGCACUUACACCACCGGUCAAAACGAUGUUUAAUGUUUUUUACAGGAGUGUCUUCUGUUCAUCAAGGCUGCAUUUAUUUGAUCAAAAAU